AGUUACGAAUUUAAGGCUUGUUUUGCAUCCUUGGAUUCUUUAUUUUCGAAGGAGACAUGGCAUCGAUGGCGAAAAUACUAUAGUUAAUAUAAAAAAGAACCCAUUCUAGCGUCAUCACAGGGCCGCACUAUCUUCUUUCCCUCACUGCUUUACUAAUUUAAUUUAAUUCUAAGGAAAUUUCUAUAUGUAACAUUGGUAUCACCCCUUACAUCUUAAUCACCUUCUUGAUUAAUUGUCAUUUUUAUAUUUUUUUUGUUUUUUUUUUAGAAUGCUUUAUUACUUACAUAAUUCUUUACUUCCAGAUAAACGCCAAUUGCAAAGUGAAUCAAGUGCCAUUCCCGGCUGUAAGCAUCUGUAACUUCAACGUAGUAUCUUUGAAGGAAUCUAAAAACAUAGCCAAGGUGUUAAAACGCUACAAUAUCACCGAACAUAAAAUCCACAAGUUUUUCGAUGCGUUGCCAAAUUUGACAGAUUACACUCAGAGAGUUCAUCAUUUGGAAAAUUUUACGGAAAUAUUAAAUAUACUUAAACACCACUUCUUUACUAUAGAUACCAUUAUGGAAGAGGUUCACCAAAAAUGCGAGAAUCUUCUUCGCCACUGCUCAUUCAACCGGAAACAAAAGAGCUGCGGCGACAUGUUCAGCCUGAUCAAGACAUUGGAGGGAUACUGCUGUACCUUCAACUACGCAGCACUUAAUGAUGCUAGCGAAGUGCCGUUAUUGCCCCCUGAUGAAGAACUCGAGUACUAUUACGACCAGGAUGAAGACUCCCCCACCCCUAGAGGAGGGAUUAUUGCUACAUCCGAGGCUGGGAGCUUGUCAGGCCUUAGUGUUGUUCUCAACGUGGAGCCCGAUGAUUAUCCCAGCUGGUCAUCUAUACCAUACUACGGGGCAAAGAUCCUGAUAAGCGACCCGAACGACUACCCAGAAACGACAGUCUUGUAUCGCUACAUCACCCUGGGCGAGUCCGUGGAUAUCAAGGUGGAGCCCAUGGUCUUCCAAAGCGAGAACGAUGUAAGGAGAGUCGAGCCAGAGAAGAGGACCUGUUGGUUCCAUGAUGAAGUGCUGCUUGGACACACAGACAGAUACAGCUACGAAACAUGUAACACUGAAUGUAGGAUGAGGAAUUAUUUGGAGAUCUGUGGAUGUAUACCGUUUAAGUAUCCGAGAGAGAAAUCAAUUAGAAUAUGUGAAUUCGAGGACCUGAGAUGCUUAAAUAACGUGACAGUAAAUAAGUCGAUAAAGCAGAUGCACUGCCACCCCAUCUGCUACAUGGAGUGUCGAGACAAGAAGUACACCAUCACCAGCGAUUUGGUGCCGUUCCUGCCGGAGAACUACCCUUGGAAUCUAACGAAGGAUUACAACGGCAGCUCACUCUCCGCCCUUCAAGUGUAUUUCGGAAAAUCUAAUUGCAACUGCUACAAACUGGACCUUUUGAUUGACUUUAAUUAUUUCAUAGCAACAUACGGCGGAGUUUUCUCGCUGAGUUUUGGCGGUUCGAUAAUCACGCUGUUCGAACUGGUUUACCUCAUAGUCAUAUUUGUGGUGAAACUUUUGCGAGUUGUUGCUGACGCUGUUUCUCCUAAUAAAAAUAUUCAGUAAACAUCGUAAUUUUAUGCUGCAAAAGGAAUAAAAUUAAGGCUUCUAAAACAUUUAAUUCUUCGUAAAUUAUUUUAUAUUAACAUGUUGUAUUUUCUUAGAUAUAUUUCGCCACUUAGUUACAUCUAACUAUCCUUAUUUAGUACGAGGAAAAGUAUUAUGUACAUUACAUUAGUAGUACAUUGAUAAAGAAAGUGUUAUAGAUAUGAUUUUACGAACCCCAAAAAAGUUCUUAUGAGUCAAAGAGCUUUUAAAGUAAAUGUAAAAAGGUAUAAGUACAUCAUUUAAUCGUUCUCUACGGGUGAUCAAGAUUCAACAAAAUGGAAGAAUUCUGAACAAUUUAAUUGAAAUCAGAUGUCAGAAUCGCGUUUUGUAUUACAUUAAGAUUUCUUAGUAAGAUUCGUGGCUUUCUAAUAUAGCUAGCUAAGUGGAAAACAGUGCCACAAUCAGAUAUUUAUAAUGUGGGGAAACAUGUACCUUAAUGAUACAUUCAUAGGCGAAGACCAUUUUUAGCACAGAUGGUUUGGACUAAUCGGGGGAGGGGUGGGAGGUUUAAUUCUAAUCUUUUUAAAAGUACAUUGGUAUAGAAAAUUUUGGCGUGGAUACCUGACGUUAAUUUUUCAAUCACCCUCUCCGCAGAUAAAUAAAAGUAAAAAUGUUUCCGGCAUUAAAAAAAAUAUAUUACAAUAAAAUUAUUUGGUACACUUAUUUUUCUGAUUACGUACCUGCUCGAAAUUUUGUUCAGUGUUAACAGAAAAGUGUCAUUCGUUCCCACAUCAAAGUUAAUCCCGAAACGGGGUACUGGCACGCCUUGCAAGUGGAUUAAGGUGGGACACAAUCCACUCGUACAUUGUUACUUUUACUUGAUUUAAUCAAAGAAACGUAGAAAGGAUUUCGUUUUAGCUUUGUGCAAAGGAACGUGGGCGGUAUGUGUCCAGUGUUAUAGAUUUCUCUAUAAACUGACAUUCCAUUUUCAUUACCGAAAUCAACGUGUUAGACGCUACAAUAUAUUUGUCUGGAGAGGGAAUGACCCUGCCUGAUGAGGGUAUUAAUGUUAGGAAGAAAUAAGAAAAAGUGACAGCUUGUUUUUGAUACUAUGAUUGUUUAUUGGUAGAGAAUAUUGAUUUCAGGUGUACAACCUAUGCCACAAAAAAGGAGUCAACUCCACACAGACCAGAAAUAAUUCCAUAUUAUUAUUCUACGUGUGCCAUCAAUAGCAUGAUAAUUUGUGUGUAGACUUAAUUUUAUCGUAAACGGACACAUAGAAUUUUAAUCCAGAGGGAUGAUUUUUAUAUGCAAACAGAAUCGUAGAAAAAGCUAGUAAUUAAAUAUGACAGCUGAUUCUACUACGUGUUGCGAGGGCUUUAUCCCAUUCCGUUUUACAAAGCCUCCGGUGCUUUAACAAAAGCUCCGAUUUUAAUGUUACCAAAUGUCAUUUGCAUGUUCCCCCUAAUUACCUACAUUUAACAAUGCGGUGGGAACAGUAAUUAGAUUAUUAAACCUGUUCUAAACUCACGUCUUUAUCCCCAAAGGUCAGGCAGAAGCUCAAAUCAAUCUUCCGUUUAUAUUCCGUCUCAUUGCAGAAUAUUGUGGGCUUAGAUAACGGACUGAAUUGUAGGCUCACGGAAUAUACUGCGUAGGACCUCGACUAAAUGUCUUUUCAUUCACGAAGACGCGCCCGACUACCGUUUAAGCGUGGGUGUCGCAGGAAGGGAACUCAUCCAAGAACUUUCCCCAACGCUUCCCAUUGUAGUGUGCGUGUACGCUUAUGCUGCUCACGCUCACUGUAAGCAAUUACAGAAAGUAAUGAGGCGCGUCUGCGUGGAUGAAAUGAUGUAUAUAUGCAGUCAUUUGUAUAUUUUAGAAAAUGACUAUUCUCUUUAUAAGAACAUUCUUAAAAGCAUCAUGUGUAU